AUGGCGAACGGCGACGGUGACGGCGAGGCUAACCAGAAGAAAGAAAAUAAAAUCAAACCCAAAAAUUUGAAGAAACGGAAAUUGAUUGAAGAGAAAUCUGAUUGUUUUCGCUUCAUCGCUAUAACUGAAGAUGUAGGUGACGAUACAAUAGCCCACACCAUUGAAAUUCAUCCCGGAGAUACAAAGAUUGUGUUCAGAAGGAAUAAUAAUCUUUUUGAAUUGUAUCUAGACGAGCUCGAGAUCGAUCUGUGGAGAUUCAGGCUUCCACCAUCGACAAGGCCAGAAUUUGCUAAUGCUGUUUAUGUUGAUGGAGAACUAAUCGUGACUGUCCCCAAGGGUGUUAGCAGCGAUGACUCCGAUGAUGUCGCGAAUGAAGAAGAAGAAGAAGAAGAAGAAGAAGAAGGUUGGGGUGAGGGAAAUGGGGAUCUCAGAGGUGGAGUAGGUCAUCUUGUCCUUGUACAGUAA